CAUUUCACAAGUUCACGGGUGCCAGAGGUCCCCUCCCUCGGUUCUUGAACCCCCCUUCCCGAUGGGCAAUGGACCGUGGAAACUGACUCUACCUCUGCUAGUGUCAAAGGCAGGCUGGUGCCGGUGCAGGGUACAUGUGUAUUUCUCAAACGCCCCCAGGGCAACGAACAUUCGAGAUUUAUAUUCAAAGGGCCGCGCCGCCAGUCUCUCCUUCCACUUCGCUUCCCCCCCCUUUUCCGAAAGCUUCCUUCCCUUCUUCUAGUUCCUGCAAUUGUGUUGUUGAUACCUCCCGGAACUUCAUAACCACAUCACCAAAGCUUCCACCAAGGUGGGUCACAUCCAAACUCCCGCCAGAGCUCUCUACACAAUCCCCUUUGCCAUUGAGCUCCUGUCCUGCCGCCUUAUCUCAUACCGAUAUUACCCGAUACACUUGUGUCUCUCAACAAACACACCACACACACACUCCCAAAAGAAACCCCCCAAGUCUAACAUUCCAACUCGCACAGAUGGCCGCUUCCGCAAGACAUUUCGCCCGCGCGGCCCUGAGAACCUCCACGAGAACCUCCUUCGCCGCCGCUGCCCCCCGCCAGGCCUUCCGCCAGCAGGGCCGCCGCUUCUACUCCUCCGAGCCCGCCAGCAAAUCCGGCAGCUCGACCUGGAUCUGGCUCUCCGGCCUGGCUGUCGCCGGCGCCGGCGGCGCCUACCUCUUCACCAAGGAGGGCGGCGUCUCCGCCGGCUCUGUCCCCAAGGUCGUCAACCCCACCAAGGCCGACUACGAAAAGGUGUACAAGGUCAUUGCCGACCGCCUCGAGGAGAAGGACGACUACGACGAUGGCAGCUACGGCCCCGUCCUCGUUCGUCUUGCGUGGCACGCCAGCGGUACCUUUGACAAGUUGACUGGCACUGGCGGCAGCAACGGUGCUACCAUGCGCUUCGCCCCCGAGUCUGACCACGGUGCCAACGCCGGCUUGAAGGCUGCUCGUGACUUCCUUCAGCCCGUCAAGGGUGAGUGAAACCCCCUUCGCCCGCGAACAACUGCUGCUGCUUCUGCUUGCCAUUUGGACCAACCCUCGCUAACCUUUUCGCGUAGAGCAGUUCCCCUGGAUCACCUACUCCGACCUCUGGAUCCUCGGUGGCGUCGCCGCCAUCCAGGAGAUGCAGGGUCCCAUCAUCCCCUACCGUCCCGGCCGCAAUGACGGUGAGGCCGCCGCCUGCACCCCUGACGGCCGUCUCCCCGACGCCUCCCAGCGCGAGAAGCACCUCCGUGAC